GCAUAAUUACACGACCAAAACUGGCAUCUGGCACCGACUAGAAUCGAAGGAUCAUAUUCCCGCCAAAAGGAAAAAGAAAGCAUACGCGCGAGUUGGCACGUGCCAAUCAUGUAUGGGUCCACCCACCGGCCCAUCCAACCGCUUUUACUUGAAUUAGAACUUAGAAGAAGAAAACAAUAACGUAACCGCCACACGAAAACUCAUCCUCCUCUCCUCUCACCGCUGCUUCCUUCUUCCGCGCGACUAAUACUCCCAUCAUCACGGUGAAGUUUUUUUUCGAAGCGUUUAGAGAUCGGCGGCGGAUCUUUCGACUCAGAAUGGCAAUGCCUGAUGCGCUCGAUCGAUUUGCGGUUCCUUGUGAGUGCAUCUACACGUCACUUGAAGUUCAUCACUUCAUGCCUUGAAGGAUCACAUGGCAGUGAUCGAAGAAAUGAAAAGGAAUCAGAGUUUGAGAUCUCAGAGGAAAGGAAGAAUAGAAUUGGGAUGUUGAAGAUGAAGGCCUAUAAAAUGAGGAAUUCUCUUAAGAAUAAAAGUAGGUCAAGAAGUGAUUUUGGAGCUUCUGUUCUCUUGGAGGAUGGUCAGGACACCCAAGUAGUGGAGGCUGUGAAUGCUUUCCGAGAAGUUCUGAGCAUGGAGGGCUUGCUUCCUGCAAGGCACAAUGAUCAUCAUGAAUUGUUGAGGUUUUUGAAAGCCAGAAAGUUUGACAUUGGGAAGGCAAAACAUAUGUGGCAGAACAUGCUUCAAUGGAGGAGUGAUUUUGGGGCUGAAACUAUUUUGGAGGAUUUUGUCUUCACAGAAAGAAAUGAAGUGCUGCAAUUCUAUCCCCAAGGUUAUCAUGGUGUGGAUAAGGUGGGGAGACCAAUUUACAUUGAAAGAUUAGGAAAAAUCAAUCUGGACAAGCUCUUGGAAGUGACUACUCUGGACCGGUACAUAAGAUACCAUGUCCAGGAGUUUGAGAAGUCUCUCAGUAUUAGGUUUCAUGCCUGCUCAAAAGCUGCAAAAAGACAUAUAGAUACAAGCCUUACAAUUUUAGAUGUUGAAGGAGUGGCACUGACGAACUUAACCAAAACUGUACGAGAAGUUGUUAUGCAAUUACAGAAGAUUGAUAAUGACUUCUAUCCAGAAACACUUGGCCAAAUGUUCAUUGUGAAUGCUGGUCCUGGAUUCAGGCUCCUCUGGAAUGUACUAAAGCCUUUUCUCGACCCUGAUACCACUUCCAAGAUUCAUGUUCUUGGUAACUGCUACCAACGCAAACUGCUUGAAGUCGUUGAUGAAAGGGAGUUGCCGGAUUUUUUGGGCGGUAGAUGUACUUGUACUGAACAUGGAGGUUGUUUGAGGUCAGACAAAGGGCCAUGGAAAGAUCAAAACCCAUCAGAGAACCAGUAGUGAAGAAUCAAAGAUUCUGAAGCUACAGAAAGAAGACAGUAUUUCUAACCUAUCACAGGUCCAAAACCUGUUUGCGAAUUUGUAGCAAGAAUGCAAGUAAAAUAUAGUAUGAAGAAGAUGAAAAUUUAUAACAAUGCAAAGACAACUGGAAAAGGUGACUUUCUGUCAACCAUUCUUUUAUGCAUCAACAUUUUAAAGAACAGUAACAAAAAUUACUGUGUAUCUAUAUAUGAUCACAAGCUUAGCUUAGCUA